UGUGUUGUGUUUAUCUCACCUCCAGUUGGGCCGGCAAUUUUAAUUUGCUAUGAUAAAUUAUUAAAUUUGAUAAAAACAAUUCAAAGCUAACUACAGUGGUUAUGUAAGAACAAAGCGUCGUUUCAAUCACCAUGGAGCAUAUAUUUGCGCUCGGCGUGACUUGCAUCGAAAACAUUCAAUAUUGGUUUGAUGGAUGGGACGGUUACAUGGAGUUCAUGAAUAAUUUAUCCAACCCAUACUUUGUUUUUGAUAUGGUUUUCCCGCUGGUGGCAGCGGUGGACUCUGUGUUUGCCUCACAACUGGUGCUAUGCCUGGCAUUUGGUGGCUGGCUCAAUGGGAUUAUGAAGUGGUGUAUCCUAGAAGACCGCCCAUACUGGUGGGUCCACGAGACCUCGUUCUAUGACAACACGCAUCGUCCGCUGCUGCGGCAGACCCUGCAGAGCUGCGAGACCGGCCCUGGCAACCCUUCUGGGCACAGCUUCACCGCCGCCUCCGUCCUCAUACUCAUUGUUAUGUGGAUCUCGCACGUCUUCAAUGACAGGAAGUGGCAGGUGCUGUGGUGGAAGCAGGCGGUGUACCCGCUGUUCGGCGCGCUGCUCGGCUCGGUGAUGCUCGCGCGCCUGUUCGUCGCCACGCACUUCCCGCACCAGUGCCUCGCCGGCGCCAUCAUGGGUCUGUUGUUGGCGCCGGCGCUGUGCAUCUACGUCACGGACCCCUUCAUCUGGCGCUAUGGCUGGCACCGCGACAACGACCCCGCAGCGCUGACGCUGCGCGAAGGCACCGCGUGGCACAUGGCGGCGUCCGUGAUCGCUGGCAUCCUCUCCAUCAUCGUGUACGCCGUGCUCCAACUGUGCGGCAUCGAACCCAAUGCCACUGUCAUACUGGCCCACCGCUGGUGCGUCCACACCGAGACCAUCCGCUUGUCUACUACCCCGCUGUUCGCACUUGUGCAGUGCGCCGGCAACAUGCUGGGCUGGGCCGUCGGCUGCACACCCGCAGUGUCUCAGUACCGCCAUUACACUAAAAACAGAUCUUUAAUUUUAGCGUUCUUUGCGACCGCAGUGUCGAUGUUUCUCUUGAAGAAAGUGGAUGAGAAGAUCGAACUGUUCACAGGAAUGACGUACUACACCCUUAUAUAUUUAAUUAAUGUCAUAAAACCGGCUUUAUUUUUGAGGGUAGUACCAAAAGUAGCUAUGUGGCCAUACACGAGGAAAUCGAAGAGAGACUAAAAAUAUCAAUACGAUUUAUAUGACUGGAUUGGCUACACGGUCACCGUUCUUUGCACGGAACAAAAAAAAAGUAAAAGAGAAAAAAAACUGCUAUAUUUAAAAAAAAAAUGUAUAUAUGUGAUGGUUAUGGGAGUUUAACGCUUUUUACCACAUCCCAAAGAAACCCAACGUUUUCAUUUAACAUGUGGUGUGGUUUCCUCUGGUGCGUUACGAGGUUUUUUGAUCUCAUACUAAAACGUUAUGUGUGAUACGAGGUCCAUCAACCUCGUAGCUCUUGAAGACGCUAGACUUACGAGGUCAAUUGACCUCGUACCGCAGCGAACGUGUUAAGAAACAGAGAAUAGCGCAACAAAUAAACCAUAGACAAAAAAUGAGAACAUCCUCCUUUUUUGAAGACGGUUAAAAGAAAAGAAAAAUGUCUGCGGUUCAAUCGGCUGACUAAAGUUUAUUCCUUAUAUUUUAAUCCUUUAACUUUCAUCAGGAAUAUAUGUUUAGUCUUUGUUAACAUUAAUUUUACUCACCAUCCUAGUUGAGUACCAAAACAUUAUUAAAUCUAUUCUUUAGGGAUAAACUAUAAAAAAUAAUAAAUAUACUGUCGUAAAACACAAUUAUAUUAUUACUAGCGGACGCCCGCGACUUCGUUCGCCCUUAAACCUCCUUAAUCCGGCCCUGUCUCAAAAUCCGUUCUUAGUGAAUACCUACUAACUAUAAACUACCUCCCUGCCAAAUUUCAUCUUUGUGCGUCAAGCGGUUUUCGAGAUUUCGUGAUGAACCUUUCGCAUUUAUAUAUUAAGAUGAUGAGAGGGCCGGAUUAAAGAGAUCUAAGGGCGGACGUAGUCGCAGGUGUUCGUUGGUUAUAUUAGAUAAAUUAGGGUAAGGUUGCCUAAAGUCCAUGGCGUAUGUGGUGACCCUGCAGUAUUAUUUCCCUAAGGGGUACGACUUAAGAAACCUUACACUACUUUAUAGAAAAUAACAUUGGGUGUGUACCUUUAACUCAGACCAAUUAUAGAAGGACCUGUAUCGCACGAACAAAAUUGUCUGUCAUUUUCUGAGGAAAACGAGCUUAGAUUUUGUAUAUAUCUUAUACUAAACUAGAAGUUUUCGCCCGUUUUUUACACAACUCAAUUACACAAAAAAGUAUUUUUACGGAGCUCAUUAACCGACGAACACGAUUACAACUAUUUAACAUCGAUUCUGUAGAGACAGUUUUUAUAAUCGCAUUAGAUCGUUGAUCAUAUACUUUGACAGAAAAGUAACGUCUAGCGAGGCAGGUCCUAUACAAUAAUUGGUCUGAGACCUUUAAUUAUAAUAAAUAAAUAAUAAAUAUAACUUUUCGACUGUAUCUAUGUUUAUACCAAAAAUACGAGAUGAUUAUACGAGUAUGUAUUGCUGUAUGGCGAUUAUUGAUAGAUAAUAUUUUAACAUUUAUCUGUGUCUGUAUCUUUAAAAACUUUCAUAUUUUCUUAUACCAAUGUUGCAAACAUACUGUCAUAUAUUUAUUUAAAAAAUAAUUAAAAAAAUAAACGGGAAUAAAGAAAAUUGAAUUAAGUAUGGUAUUAUACUUUCAAAAAUAAUAUGCAUUUAGUGAAAAUUUGUUACUCUAAAAUUACAAAUGGACACUUCAAUUUUAUUUAUUUCUAUAAUUGACUAGCGGACGCCCGCGACUUCGUCCGCGUGAAUCUUUAUGUAAACUUUCAACUACUCCUACCCUACCCUAUCCCUACCCCUAUCCCUUCAAUUUUUAAUUUUUUUCUGUCAUAAGAACCCUUCUCCUGACAACAACAAACACACAAAAAAAAGAAUUGUGAGUUUAGCCGUUCACGCGUGAUGGCGUGCCUUUAAGGAUUAAUUUUUAUGUAGAUAGGUGUAUCUUAAAAUAUGUAUAUUUGCAACAUCGGUAUAGACCGCGCCUAACUUCGAGUAUGCUCUGAACACGAGGCGUAUAGUUGCGCAGUAAACUCGGACUACAUGCCUAAGGACCUGCCUCGCUAGACGUUACUUUUCUGUCAAAGUAUAUGAUCAACGAUCUAAUGCGAUUUUAAAAUUGUGUUCGUCGGUUAAAGAGAAAGAGUGAAUAGUGUAAAACACGGUUAAUAAUGUCUAGAUAAUAUUAGUAUAUCCUGCACCGGCAAGAGAGGCAUUGAUGGACGAACGUGUGAACGUGGGCCGAGGCGAAGCCGAGACACACAUAUGUAAGUCCAUCAAUGCCUAGUUGCUGCCAAGGCUUGUAUAGUACUUUUCUCAAAUAAUGCGCGGAAAUUAAACUAAGUAGUAUAAUUCAGAACCUUCAUUUGAAAAUACAAUUAUUGAAUGUACAAUUCUUAUGUGGAUUUUCCGGGAAUUAUGUUGGUUUGACAUAAUUCUAACGAGCGUGAUUCUGAAUUUCAAAGUUUUGAUGGGAAGCCGAUGGUCGGGAUAAGAUGCUUUCGUUACUUUUACGUGUACCUAAUACUAUUUUAAAACCAAUGUCGAAGUUGACGAACAAGUAAUAACAAUAGUUUAUUACGCGAUAAAGUAUUUUUUUUUUCACUAAACUGAAAUUUAAAUGAGACCUCUUUGGUCUCCAUGUUGCGGAGUAGUAGAUCGUUCCAUUUUUAGUAAUUUAUUUGGCGGCUAAACACGACCGAUAUGGAUUUUUAUACAACUAUUGCCGGCAGCUGCCCGACCAGUUCGAUUUAUCUCAAAGAAGGUCGUCAAAAUAAUGCUCAAAUUUCCAAGCAUGUUUGAGAAAAGGAACCUAAUCUAAGCUCGUUUUCCUCAAAUAAUGACAGACACUUUUGUUCGUGAAUUUGGAUGCGAUACAAACGCAUGUAUCCAUCGGCAAUCCUUCAAAGCGCUUGACAUCGGUCAUCAUAGUAGGGGGUCGACGAUUAUUGCGCCAUUCCAGCACCCCAACGUCUAUCGUCUCUUCGAACUGUAAUAGCUACGCUCUCAUAGAUUAGUUCGAAGAGCUGCGCAGUGUCAAUGCAAUAUCUAUGAUAUAGAUAUCCAGUGGCGUGCAUUUCAUACAUGCAUUAAAGUACUGCAUACCCUAACAAAUAUUUUGUUAAUGCUUAUACAAUGCUCAUAAGCCCAGUUCGGUUAAAUUGUCUUACUAGUGCAUACCCUGAUCAACAACCUUAUACACGCCACUGAUCAUAGCGGACUCGAAGUUUGGCGCAUACUAAUAUACCACUAUAGCUAUUUGAAUAUAUCGGUACAUGUUUAGCGUCUCCUGGGCCUGUAGCCAUGUGGCACGUCGAUUCUAUUUCUACAAACGCUAACGCUUCGAAAAAUAAAAAUGUAUGUGAAUGACAUCUACCCAGAGGUCAGAAAAUUUAAUUAUGUAUGUACGACAUUCACUUUCGACGGGUCACGUGAUUAAGUUCGGAUCUGUCAUUCCCAUACAUUCUGUUAGUUUUCGAAGCGUUAGCGUUUGUAGAUCGACGUGCCAGAUGGCUAAGGCCCCGACUCGAAAGACGCGUAGUGCACUAUUGGUGUUAGCAUUUUAAGACCUCUAAGGAAAUUGUAUUUAUUUUUUACUACCUACAUAAAAUACCUAUAUUUUCUGUGAUAAUAGUACAAAGUACUACGCACUCGAUUUAAUAUUAUUUACUGUGUAAUUUUUUUGAGCCAAAUAUUAUUUCUAUUAAAAUAAAAUGAAAUACAUACAUA